AUGCUUAUUGUGUACUCAUUGUAUCAGGGAGUUGAACUUGCAUUAGAACAAGUCUGGCCUAAAGCUGAUAGGAGGUUUUGCUAUAGGCAUCUCAGUAGAAACUUCAAGAAACUUUUUCCAGGCCCUAUGAUGCAUGUUCUCUUUUGGAGAGCUUGCAAUGCAUCUUCAGCUUUCACAUUUAGGAAAGCUAUGGAGAAGUUGCAGAAAGUAGGAGGUGAUUAUGUCAUGUGUUGGUUUGCAGACUUGGGAGAGCAAUUUAAAUGGAGUAAGCAUGCAUUUGACCCAAAUGUUUGCAAUGACUCCAAUACCUCUAAUUUUGUAGAGAGCUUCAACUCUACACUUGGGGUGAAUAGGUGUAGGCCUAUUUUGACUUUGCUAGAAGGAAUAAGAAGGGUUUGUAUGGUGAGAAUUGCAACAAGGAUGGAGAAUGCAAGGUCUUGGAAAGAUGAAGACAUUACUCCUAAAAUUGUGAAUCUAGUGAAAGAAAUAGGUAAAGCUACCUCAAAAUGUAGAGCUUUCAAGUCCAGUCCAGGAGAAUAUGAAAUUCAUGAAGGAAGAUCACAGUUUCCUCUGAGCUUAAACAAGAAGAUUUGUUCCUGUGGGGCAUGGCACCUGACAGGUGUGCCAUGUAGGCAUGCCAUUAGGGCCUGCAUUGAUGCAAAGCUUGACCCACAUGACUUUGUCAGUUCCUGGUAUUCUCUGAAGACUUACAAGCAAGCUUAUAGUGUCUGCAUUAACCCAAUUCCUGAUACACAGCAAUGGCCUGCAGAUGAGUCAGAUACAAUCAUCAUGCCUCCUAAGAUGAAUAGGGGAAUUGGAAGACCAAGUAGGAAUAGAAAGAGGGAGGAAGGUGAAGAGCAACCUGGAAAAAGGUCCAAAACAGUCAAAUGUAGCAAAUGUGGUUGCUUUGGCCAUAAUAAGACAACUUGUAUGGGAGGGUUAACUGGGAAAGAACUGAAGUCAAAUGAGCCUGUUGUCAUAAAAAAUCCUAGGGUCAGAGACCAAAGUAAUGCAACAAAGGCAGCUAAGGCAGCAAAGAAAUCUGAAGAAGUUGGAUAUCAGUCAGCAGCUUCAGCUAAACAAGCAAAGGGACAGAAGGGCAGACCCUCAGCUGAGCAAGCAACAGUACUGACAGCUUCACAGUUGCCUAGCCAACCAGUGCCUAUGUCUCAAUGA